GACCGUCUUCAUUUGUGUGCAUAUGGAUUAGCGUAUCUCCGUACGCCCCUCUCUUCAUCCCACUACUCUCUCAGACUGACUCUCUCUCUCUCUCACGCGCGGGCGCCCACGCAGAUACACAGAGCAGAGCUGGAAAGAGAGUCGCGUUUGACGCUCCCAAUGGGCCAAUCGAGCCUCGCGCAAUGAAGAUCACCGGGAAAUUCCUAAUCCGGCCGAGUGUCCCGGCCACCGCCUCUCCGAGGGCUCCGAACCCACCCUCGCACUCAGAUCUGCCGCCGCAGGCGAAGACCCCUCGCAGGACUCCUCGCCGGAAGGCUCGCCUGAGGAAGGCCGGGGAUCCCGCCGGAAGACGGAGCAGCCGGCCCGAGACUCCCCUUCUCAAGUGGAAGACCGAGGACAGAGAGAGGAAUGACCCCCCUGCCGGCGGCGGCGGCGGCGACGGCGACGGCGAAGACAGCAAGUCGCUGCCGCAGGCCCGUCGGAGAAGCCAGCGGACAGAUGCCCCGGUCUCGUCGAGGAAGCUCGCCGCCGUGCUCUGGCGGUUGCAGCUGACGGGGGCCGAGGGUCACGGCGGAGACACAGGUGGUAGCGUUCGAGAUGAGGUCCGGGUUCAGUCUGGUGCUGGACACUUUGGAUCUCCCUUUGUAUUUAACAGAACCGGGAAGGUGUACAACUCAGAUGCAAAGGAUCUUGAUAGUCCUUAUUCAGUAUCUGGCACAAGGAAUGGCUUUUCGCAUAAGCUUGAGCCUUCUUUUCAAUUAUCAAGUUCUGCUAUGGAGGGUGUAACUAAGUGGGACCCAGUCUCUUUUAGAGUGCCUGAUGAUGUACGUCAGAUUCACAGCCACGUGAAGCUUCUCAAUCAACAAGUGAGUGCCGUAUCAGCGAUUUCUUUACUCGAAGCUGAACUUGAACAAGCUCGGGCGCGCAUUAUAGAGCUGGAAACUGAGCGUCGUUCCUCGAAGAAAAAGCUGGAGCACUUUCUAAAGAAAGUCAGUGAGGAGAAGGCAGCAUGGCGGAGACGGGAACAUGAGAAGAUUCGUGCCUUUGUUGAUGAUAUUAAAUUGGAUCUGAAUCGAGAAAGGAAAAAUCGCCAGCGCAUGGAAGUUGUCAAUUCCAAAUUGGUUGAUGAACUUGCCGAGGCCAAGCUAUCAGUGAAGCGAUUAAUGCAGGAUUAUGAAAAAGAAAGAAAGACCAGAGAACUAAUUGAAGAAGUAUGUGACGAGCUGGCAAAGGAGAUUGGGGAAGACAAGGCUGAAAUGGAGGCAAUGAAGGAGGAAUACAUGAAACUGCGGGAAGAAGUAGAAGAGGAAAGAAAGAUGUUGCAGAUGGCAGAGGUCUGGCGUGAAGAACGAGUUCAGAUGAAACUUGUGGAUGCAAAGGUGGCACUUGAACAGAAAUAUUCUCAGAUGAACAGUUUGGUAGCUGAUCUGGAGAAUUUCUUAAAAUCAAGAAACCAUACCCCAGAUGUGAAGGACAUCAGAGAAGCAGAAUUACUUAGGCAGGCAGCUGCUUCCAUGAAUAUUCGAGACAUGAAAGAAUUCUCUUACGAGCCUCCCAAUCCUGACGAUUUAUUCGCCAUUCUUGAAGAAGUAAAUAAUUUUGGUGAAAACAAUGAGAGGGAGAUUGAACAAUGCACAGCUUACAGUCCUGCAAGCCGUGCCUCAAAAAUUCGCACCAUGAGCCCUGAAGUGAACAUGUUGAAAAAGGACAACAUCAACAGAUAUCCCACGGCUUUCCCUGGUCAUAAUGGUGAUAUAGAAGAAGAUGAGAGUGGAUGGGAAACUGUGAGCAACCUUGAAGACCAGGGAUCAAGCUAUUCCCCAGAUGGGAGUGCCCCAUCCGUGAACAAUAUCCAGCAAAAUGGGAAUAUCUUAGCUAGCGGCAGUGAAACCCCAGUAACUGAAAUCAGUGAAGUGUGCUCGGUUCCUACGAGGCAACAAAAGAAAGUUUCAUCCAUAGCAAGACUCUGGAGAUCAUGCCCAAAUAAUGGGAAGAACUACAAGAUAGUCUCGGUGGAGGGCACGAAUGGGAUGUUGUCCAAUGGGAGGAUAUCCAAUGGGGCCGUCAUGUCUCCUGAUCAUGGGUCGGGUAAGGGUGGGUGUAGCCCAUCUGAUAUGGUUAGCCAAUGGAGUUCUCCUGAUACAGGGAAUCCCCACAUUACUCGAGGCAUGAAAGGCUGCAUCGAAUGGCCUCGUGGCGCGCAGAAGAUCAGUCUGAAGGCUAAGCUCCUUGAGGCAAGGGUGGAAAGUCAAAAGAUCCAGUUACGGCAUGUAUUGAAACAGAAAAUGUAGCUGCGAAUUUCCCUUGCGGCCAAACAAGGUGGUCCUCUUCACAUUGAUGUGUCGGAGUCUGGUAAAAUACACAUUCCUGGAUGUGCAAAGAGCACAGGGGUCUUCACCAGCACUCCUGCGCCCACCUUUGAAUGAUUUCCAAUAAUAGUUCAAUUGAUUCUAGUUAGGAGAAAUCGGUUAGGAAUUAUGAUCUUCGUCUCGAUAUUGCUCGAGAUUCUUGGUCCGCCAUCAGCAAUGUAUAUCUGGAACUGGAACUGGAGUAGAAACAAUCUUGUAACGUCUAGUGGUUAUAGCUGGCCAGUUUCCAGAUGCUAUGUAUGUGACCACGAUUUCGGGUUUUGUUGUAAACUAGGUGAUCAUAAUCAUCAUAUAUUUCCGCAGGUUUUUGCA